UACCUCUAGCCAUGCAGACCUUGGGACCCUUCCACAGCAUCACCGCCAACACCGCCGCAUGGACUCCAAUUGGCACCGCCCUCGCCACCACAUUCAAGCAACCACCGGUCCGUGCCAGGGCAGCCCCACCAAAACCCGCAAAGCAUUUUCAGGCUAGCCGUUACAUGCCACCAGAAAAAGCAGAAAUCUUCAAGUCACUAGAACAUUGGGCCACCCAAAGACUCCUCCCACUCAUCAAGCCAGUGAACCAAUGCUGGCAACCCAUUGAAUUCCUCCCGGACCCGGCAAAGCUUUCUGCCGACGAAUUCUCCGAUCGGGUCCGGGCCCUACAAGAAAGAACAGCUGGACUUCCAGAUGAGUAUUUUGUGGUGCUGGUUGGUGACAUGAUCACUGAGGAUGCACUACCAACAUACCAGUCGUGGAUGAAUACUCAUGAAGGGGUUCGUGAUGAGACUGGUGCGAGCUCAAGUCCAUGGGCUGUUUGGACUCGGGCAUGGACGGCUGAAGAACAUAGGCAUGGUGAUUUGCUCAAGACUUACUUGUACCUCUCUGGUAGAGUUGACAUGCUGAUGAUUGACAGGACUGUGCAAUACUUAAUCGGUGCUGGAGCGGAUGUUGGAACAGACCGUAACCCGUAUUUAGGAUUUGUAUACACAUCUUUUCAAGAAAGAGCCACAUUCGUGACACACGGCAACACAGCUAGGCUAGCCAAGGAAGGAGGUGAUCCGGUGCUUGCGCUCAUUUGCGGGACCAUUGCCGCCGAUGAGAAGCGCCAUGAGAUUGCCUACGCUAGGAUUGUUGAAAAGCUACUGGAAAUCGACCCCAAUGGGGCCAUGCUGGCCAUAUCAGAGAUGAUGAAGAAGAAAAUCACAAUGCCAGCUCAUUUGAUGCAUGAUGGGCAGGACCCUCAUCUGUUCGAACAUUUUGCAGCCGUGGCACAGCGGAUUGGAGUUUAUACGGCCGAUGAUUAUGCUAACAUUCUCGAGUUCUUCAUUGGACAGUGGAAUUUGGAGAAGAUCCAAGGACUGGAGGGUGAGGCGAGGCGUGCACAGGACCUUGUUUGUGGACUACCGCAUAGGAUUAGGAAGUUUCAAGAACGAGCUGAUGAGCGAGCCAAGAAAUUGCAGCCCCGAGGGGUGAAUUUCAGCUGGAUUUUCAACAAGGAGUUGACCCUGUAGUGGUAAUACUUUCAAGGGUUUAAAUGGAAUGUUUUAGUCACUAAAUAUAAUAUUUGUCCCACUUAAUUAAAAUUGUUGGCGAAAAUGAGACAAAUUUGA